AACUCCUUAAAUUCAAUCUGUUGCCAUCUUUAGCCAUGGACCAUGAUCCAUGGUCCACCCGCGGUUGCACCGUCCAUCCAUACACCCAAAAGCCAGUUACCACACCUCACCGGCCACUUCACACUCUUCUAUAUAAAUCACCGCUCUCUCACACUGAUACCUCACUUUCUCUCCUGCCAAACCCCAAGAACUAUAGAAAUCAAAACCAAUCAUCAUCAAAAUCAAUGGCUUCUCUCAGAACUAUCUCUUCUGUGAAUCUGACCAACGCUUCAAGUUCAAGAUCUAACUCCACCUCUACUGUGCCCACCAAGUCGGUGCCCUUCAAGCUCACAACCCCAUCUCUCACUCAGAAUCCUAGACUCCUCCUUUCAAAGACUUCAAGCUUUAACAACUUCUCUGUUCCCAAGAGAUCUUUUCUCUGCAGAAGCCAAGCGGCCUCAUCUGAUGAUGCAAGACCCGCUAAGGUCCAAGAACUUUGUGUGUAUGAGAUCAAUGAGCGAGAUCGUGGAAGUCCUGCUUAUCUCCGCUUGAGCAAGAAAGAAGUUAAUUCUCUGGGUGAUCUGGUGCCUUUUAGCAACAAACUUUACACCGGAGACCUGAAAAAACGUAUAGGAAUAACAGCAGGAAUAUGUGUAUUGAUCGAAAACAAACCGGAAAUGAAAGGUGACCGGUACGAAGCCAUCUACAGCUUCUACUUCGGGGAUUACGGGCAGAUUGCUGUGCAGGGAUCUUACCUGACGUACGAGGACACCUACCUAGCGGUGACCGGCGGCACGGGCAUUUUCGAAGGAGUUUCCGGUCAAGUUAAGCUGCAGCAGAUAGUUUUUCCGUUCAAGCUUUUCUAUACAUUUUACUUGAAGGGAAUUAAGGAUCUGCCGGAGGAGCUGCUUAGCAACCGUGUUGACCCGAGCCCUGCGGUGGAGCCACACCCAGAUGCUAAGGCUUGCCACCCACAUGCUGUUGUGCCUAAUUACACCAAUUAGUUUGAUUAAUGAAUGAGAGUUUAGUGUUUAGGGAAAGUUAUUAAUUAUGAUAAAAGUGUUGGUGGAUUGGAUAAUUUGGUUUGGGGAAUUUACAUAUCUCGAUUUCGUUUUCGCUUU